GUUUUAAGUUCAUGUAGGUAUCCUCAAAUAUUUAGUGAUUGUGAUCGAAGGUUUUGUGAGAAAAAAAAGUGAAACGUGUUGCCAACAGUGGUUAUAUAGCAAAGUGCCUUAAGAAUACAUUGGUGGAGCAUCUGAGCAAAUAAUAAUUUUAUAGGAUAUUUGGCUAUAACUAGGGCAACUAUAGGCCAGCUAUCAAGAUCAUAUUACAAGCUACAAUUUAGACUAUAUCAGCCACAUCUCGGCUACAUCUUUGCAAUGUGGUCUGUAAUGUGUAGACACGUUCUUUUGACAGUAAUUCACAACUAAAAAGCUACAAAAUCGGGCAUGAAUGACUGACGAGAUUAUAGGAUUCUGAUAGUUCGGCUAUCUGGCAGCAAUAUAUAAAAAAACUAUCAUACUAAAUUGCCGUAUGUCGCUGGCUGAGCUAUAGAAGCUAGAUAAUGCAGUAAAAACAUUGUCCGCUUAGAGGCGUCAUAUUAUACGAAGUUAAGCAAGUAACGGAUUAGGGCUAAGUUUAUUUGGGGUUUUAAUUUGUAAUUACCUCUAAAGCUAACGGAAAUUGUGCGGCAGUUGGUAGCUGAUUAGGAAAACGCCGUAUCUCAAAAAUUUAGAGAGGAUGAAGGGAUUCAAUCAGGGUCGGCAAUAUUUCCAAUAUUUUUAUGCUUUAACAUCGCAUUCCAAAAAGUCCAAAUAACUUCUCAAAAACGAUCAUGCCCUUCGGGGGUUUAAAAUAAAUAGUAGAUACCGAGUCAAUUGCUUGGCUAUGUACUGACCUUUUUUCCUCAGUUAACGGAUACAUUUACCAGUGUUCCCACCAUCUUCACAGCAUGAAGCUGCGUGAAAUUGUUCAGAAAAUAAAAAUUGAAAUCCACUUGCAGUUUGGGAAAAUGAAAGAAAAGGGUGAUAUCAGUGGGAUUUGAACAUCCAUCUGCGGUAUUCUGUAUCAUCAGCAUAAUGUCAACUGCAACAGUCACGCCAGACGUGGCGGCAACCAGCGGCUCAUUGCUGUCCGCUAGCACUGUCUUUUACUUCUUGCUCAUCCCUGCAGUGCUGCUAUGGUACACAUACUGGUACAUCAGCAGGAGACAUAUGCUUGAACUGGCCGAAAAAAUUCCCGGACCCAAAGGAUAUCCAAUUAUUGGAAACGCUCUAGAAUUUGUUGGCUCAUCACCGCAGAUCUUCAAAAAUGUAUACAGCAAAUCAUAUGAAUUCGGCACAACUGUGAAACUAUGGGCAGGUCCCAAACUUAUGAUCUUCUUGACUGACCCAAGAGAUGUUGAAAUCAUCCUCAGCAGUCAUGUCCAUAUCGAUAAAGCUCCAGAAUACAGGUUCUUCAAACCAUGGUUGGGAGAUGGUCUCCUCAUCUCAACUGGCCAGAAAUGGAGGGCACACAGAAAACUUAUUGCGCCGACUUUCCAUCUUAACGUACUGAAAUCCUUCAUUGACCUGUUCAACGCCAACUCAAGGGAAGUUGUACAGAAGCUGAAGAAAGAAAUCGGCAAGGAAUUCGACUGCCACGAUUACAUGUCAGAAGCCACCGUAGAAAUGCUCUUGGAGACAGCCAUGGGUGUCAGCAAGAAGACUCAGGACCAAAGCGGGUAUGCCUAUGCCAAGGCUGUGAUGGAAAUGUGCGACAUCUUGCACUUGCGUCACACCAAAGUUUGGCUGAGGCCCGACCUCAUCUUCAACAUGACCACCUAUGCCAAAUACCAGGAAACUCUGUUGAACACCAUCCACAGCUUGACUCGUAAGGUCAUCAAGAGAAAGAGAGCCGAUUUCGACAAAGGUAUCAGAGGAUCCACAGCUGAGGUGCCAGAAGAUGCAAAGACCAAGAGUUUCGAGAACGUUUCAUCCAAAACGGUUGUGGAAGGUUUGUCUUAUGGCCAAUCUGCUGGUUUGAAAGAUGAUUUGGAUGUUGAUGAUGACAUUGGUGAGAAGAAGAGGAUGGCUUUCUUGGACUUGAUGAUUGAGGCUUCCCAGAACGGAGUCGUUAUCAACGAUGAAGAAAUCAAGGAACAGGUUGACACUAUCAUGUUCGAAGGUCAUGACACCACAGCCGCUGGAAGCAGUUUCUUCUUGUGCAUGAUGGGUGUCCACCAGCACAUCCAAGAUAAGGUUAUUGAAGAACUUGACGGAAUCUUCGGAGACUCAGACAGACCUGCCACAUUUGCCGACACUUUGGAAAUGAAGUACCUGGAAAGGUGCCUUAUGGAAACCCUGCGUCUGUACCCACCAGUACCAGUUAUUGCUAGGCAGAUCAACCAGGACAUCAAAUUGGCUUCAGACAACUACGUUUUGCCUGCUGGUGCCACCGUUAUCAUCGGUACCUUCAAGAUCCACCGAUUGCCAAGCGUAUAUCCCAACCCUGAUCAAUACGACCCCGACAACUUCUUGCCAGAAAGGACUGCAAAUAGACACUACUACUCCUUCAUUCCAUUCAGUGCUGGACCAAGGAGCUGUGUGGGCCGUAAAUACGCCAUGUUGAAACUGAAGAUCCUGCUGUCUACCAUCCUGAGAAACUACCGCAUCGUCUCCGAUUUGAAAGAAAAGGACUUCCAACUGCAGGCUGACAUCAUCUUGAAGAGAGCCGAAGGAUUCAGGGUUAGGCUAGAGCCAAGAAAGCCGAUGGCCAAAGCUUAAUAAGUGAUUUAAUUGAUGGUUAUUGAUAUUCUUACCAAAAUGUUAUAAUUUAUGAUGUAAUAUAUUUUAUUUUUUAUGAAUGUGCAAAGGAAUAUUAGUGUAUAUAUGUAUGAUAUUUGUAUGAGUGUCUUUCAGCAAUAAAUGAACAUGUUUCAUUGAUUUA